GAUAAUCCCAAUCUUUAUUUGGAUGAAGUGGAAGAAAGUGACCCCUUGUAUGGCUGUGAGCCAUAUAUAGUGGACAGACACAUUUGACAAGAGUUGAUAUUUCUGUUCAUGCAAACAUAAAGGCGGAGUAGGAAGAAAAAAUGUGUUGCAAGGAAGAAACCCACAGAUUUAGGGAUGAGUCACUUACACAUGAACAGGAGUUUUAGUUGACCUACGUGCAGUCUCUAUGGAAACACUUUCUGAGCCUAGCAUCACUUUAGGCCCUUAAAGCAACAUGCCUUUUCUCGUUCAUAUUUGGCUUCCUUCACCUACCAAACAUGUAUGUGGCAAUAGAGCUGGCCACGAAGAGGAAAUAAGUAAGCAAAUACAUUUCCUCAGGAACCUCCAUAGACUGGACCUUCCAUCACUGUGGGCCCAGACACUUCUUAUUGCUUGUUCAAGACAACAUUUGCAAAGUUCUUUCUUGCACGGUUUCCCUCACAGGCAUCCAUUGCUAAGAUGAGUACAUUAGCGGCCUACGAAAAGGUGACAAAAAAAAAUCUCAAACUGUAAGGCCCCAUUCCCGCCACAGAAUAUUCACACAGAAUAUUUCGAAUGCAGCUGCUGCCAAUAUCAGUCAUCACUAUAAUCGCACAGACUUCCACCGUCCUCAUUGACGGCAAUGCAGUCCACGCGGAAUUCUGUCGAAAGGAUAAACGUGUUCAUGGUAGUGUGGUGAGCCACGGGGUGUGAAGUAUGUAUGACCAACUGCCCCACUCUUAUUGUUAUGGUGGGUCUCCCUGCCCGAGGAAAGACUUAUAUCUCCAAGAAAUUGACUCGCUAUCUCAACUGGAUUGGAGUUCCAACCAAAGAGUUUAAUGUCGGGCAGUACCGCAGGGAUCUUGUCAAGUCUUUCAGGUCCUUUGAGUUUUUCCUUCCAGAUAAUGAAGAAGGCCAGAAAAUCCGGAAACAAUGUGCCUUACUGGCUUUAAAUGAUGUCAAGAAAUAUCUUGUAGAGGAAGGUGGACAUGUUGCUGUUUUUGAUGCAACAAACACGACUCGUGAGCGACGGGAAACCAUCCUUAAGUUUGCGGAUCAGCAUGGCUUCAAAACAUUCUUUGUGGAAUCUGUGUGCGUGGAUCCAGAGGUUGUAGCGCAGAACGUUGUGCAAGUGAAGUUGAGCAGCCCAGACUAUUUAAACUGCACCAAUGAUGAGGCUACAGAGGAUUUCAUGAAGAGGAUAGAGUGUUACAAGAAUUCCUAUGAGACACUGGAUGAGAACUAUGACAAGGAACUCUCUUACAUCAAAAUCAUGGACGUUGGCCGUAGAUAUCUAGUUAACCGUGUUAUGGAUCAUGUCCAGAGUCGGAUUGUUUACUACCUCAUGAAUAUUCAUGUGACCCCACGUUCUAUCUAUAUGUGCCGACAUGGGGAGAGUGAGCUUAAUAUCAAAGGGCGUAUUGGAGGAGACUCCGGCCUGUCUAACCGAGGGAAAGAGUUUGCCAAGCGGUUGAGUCAGUACAUCCAUGAGCAAAACAUCCAUGAUCUUAAAGUAUGGACAAGUCAGAUGAAGAGGACGAUUCAGACGGCCGAAGCUCUGGGCGUACCUUACGAGCAGUGGAAAACCCUGAAUGAGAUCGAUGCUGGCGUGUGUGAAGAAAUGCGCUAUGAAGAGAUCCAGGAAUCCUUUCCUCUGGAGUUUGCCCUGCGAGACCAAGAUAAAUACAGAUACCGUUAUCCAAAAGGAGAGUCUUAUGAAGACUUGGUGCAACGUCUUGAACCGGUCAUUAUGGAGCUGGAGCGGCAGGAGAACGUGCUGGUCAUCUGCCAUCAAGCCAUCAUGCGCUGCCUUCUGGCCUAUUUCUUAGACAAGACUGGAGAAGAGCUGCCUUACCUCAAGUGCCCCCUACAUACUGUUCUGAAGCUUACGCCUAUAGCUUACGGUUGUAAAGUGGAAACAGUCAAUCUGAAUGUGGAUGCAGUGAACACGCACAGGGAUAAACCAGAGAACGUAGAUAUUUCCCGGCCUUCUGAGGCAGCCCUGAUAACUGUUCCUGACCACCGAGGACCCAGUGAUGAACGUUGAUGUACAUCGCUCCAGUGAAGAAGCUUUGCAGACCGUACCGAAUCACCUUUAGCCAUGGUUGUGACCCCCCCCCCCCCCCAAAACCUCUUGUUUCAUAUUGCAAUGUGUUACCCCCCAACCCCCCCUGGCAGCUGACGGGGUUAGGACAUUUAGCAGCUCUAUCAUAACGGUCUCUAUUUUAUCAAUAGAACUUUAGACUCCGUCUUUAGUGUCGGGUGGUAUACUUGGUUUUUAACGUCUCAUGAAAUACUGUGAUUUAUAGAUUCCGUUUUAACACUCCUCUUUUUUUAUAUUGGGAUCAUACCGAUGUUGUUUUUAUCUGUUUAUUGGCCAUUUCAAUGCAUUCUUUUCCUCUGAUCUUCAGGUGUAAUCUAAGAGCAAGCAGCGUAGGACUCAUUACUGUUGUGUAGCCGGUGGAUGGCUGAGGCUGUGCCGCCAUUCUUCCUCCAGGGGCUUUCAGUGUGCAUAGUAAGCUAUAGUCUGUGCAACUGCAGUACAGUGAUCCCUCAACUUACAAUGGCCUCAACAUACAAUAGUUUCAACUUACAAUGAUCUUUUCCGGACUAUUGUAACUUGAAACCAGACUCAACAUACAAUGUACAGACAGUCCAGAUCUGUCAAGUAUGUCAAUGGCUGGAAGAACUGACCAAUCAGAAUGGGCCUUCACUGGUAAAACACCUGUAUUACUGAAGUGUAUGCACUGAUUGGCUGUCUGGAAGCGCCCCCUACAGUACAGUACAGGAGGCACUACAUGUUCUGUACUACUCUUUACCUGUACCAGGGAAAUCUGCUCCAGGUGAGGACGGCUCCAUGUUACUUUUUUAGGACACUGUGUACUGUACAGGACCCUGAAGAAGCUCCUGUCCUCCACACAGACAGUGAUUACCGCUCCAGCAGAUCUUUCUUACUUUUAUAUGUAAGAAUUUGCUUUAUCUGUAUUAGUUAUUUGCUUAUUUUUCUUUAAUCCUCACUUUUUCCUAUGUUUGGAUGACAUUUUCAGAACCAAUUACCAGGUUUCCAUAGAGUUAUGGUCUCAACAUACAAUGGUUUCAACAUACAAUGGUCGUCCUGGGACCAAUUAAUAUUGUAACUUGAGGGACCACUGUGUGUGUGUAUAUGUAUGUGUGUGUAUAUCUAUAAUAUUACACUAUACUGUGCUGUGCAGAGAAUCAUGUAGUGUGUACACUAGUGUAUCUCCAACCAGGGUGCCUCCAGCUGUUGCAAAACUACAAAACGGCAUGUAGAGUAUGUUGGUUGGGCAAAGGGAGAGCUACCUAAUAAACAUGCAUGAGCGACCAUUUUGGUUAGGAUAUACUGUGAUCCCUGCGUAAGUCAUUGUUUUCUCAACCAGGGUGCUUCUAGCUGUUGCAAAACUACAACUCCCAGCAUGCCCGGACAGCCAAACGCUGUCCGGGCAUGCUGGGAGUUGUAGUUUUGCAACAGCUUGAAGCACCCUGGUUAGGAAACACUGGUGUACAUGAAAAUAGCAGUGUGUUGUUAGUUUAUACCCUCUGCACAUAAAUCAAGGCAUUAAAGAGAAUUUGGGAGUAGUGAGGGGCAGUCAGGAAGAGUUGGAUGGUACGGGUCUAGGGAAGGGCAACCCAUUUGUUUUUUUUUUGUUUUUUGUUUUUUUUUUUCAUCCACCGGGCACAUUUUCAGCUUGAAGAAAACUAAAUUGUAAGGCUGCUUUCACACUAUGAAAAGUACCCCUUAUAUAACACCAUUAGAAAAUCCCUAACGUACGUUAGAAAAAUCCCAUAGACUAUAAUGGGAUUUUCUAAUGGCCGCUUUAACCCGUUCUCGCCUGUUAUUCAUAACGGACGUUAUUUUAUGAAUGGAGAUGGUGCAUGCACUAUUUCUCCCGUUACUAUCUCCCGUCAUAAAAUAAUGUCCGUUAUGAAUAACGGGCGAUAACUGGUUAAAACGGCUAUUAGAAAAUCCUGUUGUAGUCUAUGGGAUUUUUCUAAUGGCCGUUUAACCCCACGAUUUUAUAACAGGCGUUAUAGAACGGGUACUUUUUCAUAGUGUGAAAGCAGCCUAACCUGCUAUUUGCAUUAUCCAGCAGGUAAAAUUCCGUUUGGAAAUUCCAUUGCAGCAGACUCCCAGUGUUUUUGAUGGGAUUCUGCUGCACCACGCACAAAGUGGAAUUUCAGUGCCAGAAACGUGGUGCAGAAGUUCAAAUUCUGGCCGCCGCAGUAAUAUUCGACAUGUCCAUAGGGCAUUAGUGCUCUGGAUUUUGUACAUGUCCGGAUAAAGUAGUUCUGUAGUGAAAAAUAACUUCUCCCCUAUCCUUUGGAUAGGGGAUAAGAUAUAGAUCGUGGGGAGGUCAGAGCACUGAGACCACCACUAUACACUACGCCAUCUCCCCGUGAUCUCAUGAAUGGGGAACCGGCAGUUUGCUGGAAGGGGGCAUGCUGAGCCCCGCACGGAGCGCCGGCCGACUUGCCCCCUCCAUGCAUCCCAUAGAGAUACAUAGAGGGGUUGUCGGACGUGACUUCCUGUGGGGGUCGGAACUGCCGAUCACGGCAGACUGUUGGGGCCCAUUCAGGAGAUCACGGGGUGUCCCAGCGCUUGGACCAGACUCACCACCUCUCAUCCCCACCCCACCCCCGCUAGCUAUAACUUGUCCCCUAUCCUUGUCAAAGACCAGCAUGCAUAUAUUCUGUAUGGGAAGAUGGGAAAACGCCACCGCCUGACACAUCUGGUGGUGGCUUAUCUUCUCGAGACCGAAAAGAUCAUUCAUACUGAAAUCUAAGACGCCUCAUCCUUCUCCUACUGUAUCCAAAAACUUGCCUUCGGAAGGCUACCGUACAUGUUAGUUAGUUAGUUAACAAAUGAAUCUAAGCCAGUCCAAUUGAAAUUGAUGGGUCAUGAAGUUUCAUCACUGUCUAAACUAUAUUGGGGGGGGGCAGAUGAGGUAGGGUAUGUGGCAUGUUGGAUUUCAACUGGUCUACACCUUUGUUUUCCAUGUUCCAAGCUACCACCAACACUGUCUGGCUUCUGCACAGGAGGUAGGCCACUGCCAAACAUUCAUGUGUGAGGUGAACGUGAGAGAGAGAGAGAGAGUGAGCGAGUUUUCGGCACAAUUACCUUUUGUCCAACCGCUAUUGAAGGUGUAUGGGCUCCUAAUAAAACACGACUGCAGAACUAUUCACAUAUAAACUCCGUCCACACAUUGAGCACUGAUACAGCAGGUUCACACGAUUGUUCAUCUGUAACUUUUUAUAUUUUUAUGAUUGAAAUGGCUUAACACUUCAGCUGCUGGGUGAUGAGGGUAUUGGGGAUAGUGAGCAAUGUGCAAUACGUAUAGUACUGUUCUUUAAGACGAUUUACCACAAUCUUUGCAUAAAGGGGUGAAAAACGUUUUUUUUGUUUUUAUGUAGCUUUUAUUUUUAAUUGGCACAAUGUUGAUCCUAAAGACAGCGCGUUAUAUCCUUAGCCCCCAGAUACAGUAUAGAAGAUUUUACUAUAAAGUAUUGAGUUGUAUAUAGAUAUUCGAGAACUUAUGGAAGAUCUACACUCAAGACCAUGUGGUGUGUUUUGUAAAUGUGAAAAAAAAAUAUUUAAAAGGUUAUAUUACAGCUAUAAUGCAAAUGUUGUGAAAUAAAAAUAUAUUGUACUGUG